AGAGGGAUUUCACACACUUGCACACGCUCUCCCUCUCCAUGGCGGGCCGAAGAAUCUUCUCCUCUUCUCUACUGAUACUGCUUGAAGGCAGAUAUGCUAGAUGGGGGAGAGGCAUCUGUCGGUUCGGAACGGCUGCUGCAAUUGAAGAACCAAUCACCCCACCUGUUCAAGUGAACUAUACCAAGCUGCUAAUCGACGGGCAGUUUGUAGACUCAGCAUCAGGGAAAACCUUUCCUACAUUGGAUCCUAGGACAGGAGAUGUGAUCACUCAUGUCGCCGAAGGUGAUGCCGAAGACAUCAACCGGGCCGUCUCCGCCGCUCGUAAGGCCUUCGAUGAGGGACCAUGGCCAAAGAUGACCCCAUAUGAACGGUCACAGAUACUCUAUCGGUUCGCAGAUUUGGUAGAAAAGCACAAGGAUGAAAUUGCAGCACUUGAGACUUGGGACAGUGGGAAGCCAUAUCAACAGGCAGCGGCGGCCGAAGUUCCGAUGAUGACGCGUUUGUUUCAAUAUUACGCCGGUUGGGCAGACAAGAUUCAUGGUUUAACGGUCCCUGCGGAUGGACCGUACCAUGUACAAGUCCUACAUGAGCCAAUUGGUGUUGCUGGGCAGAUUAUUCCAUGGAAUUUUCCACUUAUCAUGUAUACUUGGAAGGUCGGUCCCGCGUUAGCCACCGGCAACACUGUCGUAAUCAAGACUGCCGAGCAGACACCUCUGUCGGCGCUGUAUGUAUCCAAACUCUUCCAUGAGGCCGGACUCCCCGAGGGUGUUCUGAAUGUGAUUUCUGGAUAUGGUCCCACUGCAGGUGCAGCUCUUGCUAGUCACAUGGAUGUUGACAAGCUUGCUUUCACAGGAUCAACUGAUACUGGCAAGAUCGUACUUGAAUUAGCGGCAAGAAGCAAUCUCAAGCCGGUCACGUUAGAGCUCGGAGGGAAAUCUCCUUUCAUUAUAUGUGAGGAUGCUGAUAUUGAUCACGCUGUCGAGUUAGCACACUUUGCUUUGUUUUUUAAUCAGGGGCAAUGUUGUUGUGCUGGAUCUCGAACAUUUGUACAUGAACGUGUAUAUGAUGAGUUCGUAGAGAAGGCGAAAGCCCGUGCUUUGAAGCGUGUUGUCGGCGAUCCUUUCAGAAGUGGCGUGGAACAAGGUCCUCAGAUUGAUACAGAGCAAUUUGAAAAGAUCAUGAAGUAUAUAAAAUCAGGCGUCGAAAGCGGCGCUACAUUAGAAGUAGGAGGUGAAAGAUUUGGCAGCAAAGGCUACUAUAUUCAACCAACUGUAUUCUCCGAUGUCAAGGAUGGCAUGCCAAUAGCAACGGAUGAGAUCUUCGGCCCAGUGCAAUCCAUCUUGAAAUUCAAGGAACUUGAUGAAGUGAUCCAACGGGCGAAUUCCACUCGCUAUGGGCUGGCUGCGGGAGUUUUCACCAAGAGCAUUGACACAGCCAACACACUCACACGUGCGUUGAGGGCAGGAACGGUGUGGAUCAACUGCUAUGAUGUUUUCGAUGCGGCCAUUCCUUUUGGAGGGUUCAAAAUGAGUGGCCACGGUAGGGAAAAGGGCAUCUACAGCCUUCAGAACUACUUGCAGGUGAAGGCUGUUGUUACUCCCUUGAAGAACCCAGCAUGGCUAUAAUCACUCGUUCACCGUACAUGUGGCAUAGUUGUGCAUAAUCCAAACCGUCCAAAAACAAGUGGUAUUGUAAAUGAGUUGCUUAGACGGUCUGGAUGAUCCUAACUUUGAUUGAUGGGCAUGUCUAUGCUAAGUUACAAGUGAUGAAUAUUUCUCAUUUUAACUGUCCACUUGAUACCCACCGAUCAGCUAGUUACGGCCAUCCUUUCGGUGUAUUUUUGGAGUUAUGAAGCAACUGGAGUGGGGCCCAUAAUUUGGACGGUUCACAUUGAACUUUUAAUAUUGUAAUAAUGAAAGACAAUAUUAGUGGUUUUAUCA